UCACAUUCAACCCUGACUCUGUUAACCAACACAACACAAAAUACACCAAAUAAUACAUUUUAUACACUUGAAACACACUCAAAGACCCCCCUAAGAUCCUCUUAUACUAUCCCCACACAACUGAUUUUUAGUAGGUUCCAAAAUUUCUAAAUAAAAGCUCCACAGAAUUCCAAUGAAGACAGCCAAGAAAUCCAAACACCAUGACCUUCGGUUUCGGUAUCAAAGGUCUGACGAGCGCUUGAAUCUGGACCAGAUUAUUGCCAGACUGAAGACGUCACCUUGCCAGGAGAACUGUGCGUCGUUGACCAUUCGGGACCUCGAAGGGGUGUGUGCCCAGGCGCGAGAGGUCCUUUUGAGUCAACCGACGCUCCUGCAGAUCCUGCCGCCCAUCAACCUGCUCGGCGACAUCCAUGGACAGUAUGAGGAUCUGCUGUGUUACUUCCAGACGAAUGGCUAUCCACCAGAUUCGAACUACUUGCCUGGGGACUAUGUGGACCGGGGCAAGCAAUCCAUUGAGACUUUGACCCUGCUCUUGGCCCUGAAGGCCAGGUAUCCGGAUAAUUUCUUCCUGCUGCGCGGCAAUCACGAGUGCUCCGGCGUGAAUCAUUAUUAUGGCUUCUACGACGAGUGCAAGCGGCGGUUUACGACCAAAUUGUGGCGCACCUUUGUCGAUUGCUACAACUGCCUGCCUCUGGCGGCGACCAUCGAUAACAAUAUCUUCUGCUGCCACGGCGGCCUGAGUCCCAGUCUUUUUAACCUCGAUCAGAUCAGGAAAAUCGAGAGACCUCUGGAGAUUCCCGAGUCCGGUUUGGUUUGCGAUAUCCUAUGGUCUGAUCCGGAUAAAAGGAUGAUUGGUUGGGGACCCAAUGCGCGGGGAGUGAGUUACACCUUCGGCUCGGAUGUGGUCACUGCCUUCCUGCAUCGUUUUGGGUUUAGCCUCAUCUGUCGGGGACAUCAGUGCGUCGAAGAUGGCUAUGAGUUCUUCUCGAAGAGAGAACUAAUAACCAUUUUCUCGGCGCCCAACUAUUGCGGGGAGUUUGAUAAUGCCGGGGCCAUGUUGAAUGUUGAUAAGGAUCUGCUCUGCACCUUUCAAAUUCUGAAGCCAGGUUAUUGCAGGCCUUUGAAAGGACUCAGGAGUGUGUAAUAGCUUAAUUUGGUAAUGUGUUUAAAAAAAUAUGACUGUUGA